AUGUGCGGCCUCCCGUUCAAGCACGAGCUAAUCUGCUUCAAGAAGGACGUUCGGCGCGAUGAGCAUAUUUUGACCUCAAUACACAUAAUUACGUUCAUGAAGGCAUAUCAUCCGACUUGGCUUGAAGACUACAAGGCGGCGAAAAAGGAUGCGUACAAGUCUCUCCUCAAGUUGUGCCAAGAUUUUGCGAAACGGCACAAUUUUUCUCAGCGCGUGCCAUGUCGCACGAAACUGCCGACAGGCGAAGUGAUAGCGUUACAACACCAGUUCGCGGCGAAAUUUUGGGACAAGUACCACGCGUACGAGCCUUGUGACAUCCUCAAUAUCAAAGAUACGGCUGUCCACUACGAGAUGCCCCUGGCAGAAUUUGGGCUGAGAAAGGACAGUCGUCGCGUGUAG